GUUACUCCAUCUUGACUCUUCCCUUUCUCAAGGACAACUCACUCGUUUAAUGUUGUCCCAGUUUCUUCCACUAUAUCCAUCUUCAUCAACUGUUUGCUCUUGAUUCUUCCUUUAGCAACCCUCACUCGUUUGGGAUUGCAAUUCAACGCGUACUUUAUCUUGCUUAACGAAUACUACACCACCAAUCUCAAAUCAUAAUAGCCAAUUGAUUAUUUAGUGUCACAUCGACAUCAUAAUGCGUUCGUUCGCUCUCGCGUCCGCUCUGGCGGCGGCGGCGGCUGUGGUCCAAGCAGGGCCUACCCCUACCGAACCCGAGUUGCCAAAACGCGCUGAUUCUUUGCCCACCGUGACCGCGUCUGGCAAUGCGUUCUGGGCCGGUGAUAAACGAUUCUAUGUUCGAGGCAUCGACUAUCAGCCCGGUGGUUCCUCUGCCAAUAUCGACCCUCUUGUUGACGCCGACACUUGCAAGCGAGACAUCGCUAAGUUUCAACAACUCGGCGUCAACACGGUCCGUGUCUACUCUGUAGACAACUCCGCCGACCACAAAGAAUGUAUGCAGGCUUUGAACGAUGCUGGCAUCUACUUGGUUCUCGACGUCAACAACCCCCAGUACUCCAUAAACCGAGACUCGCCGGGUCCAUCUUACAACGACGUCUACCUUCAGAGCAUCUUUGCCACCAUUGACGAGUUCGCCAAGUAUGAUAACACGCUCGCUUUUUUCUCCGGUAACGAAGUUAUCAACAAGCCCGCGUCUGUAAAGGCUGCCCCUUACGUCAAGGCUACUACUCGUGAUAUGCGACAGUACAUUGGUUCGCAAAAGUACCGCAAGAUUCCUGUCGGUUAUUCUGCCGCCGAUGUUAGCCAGAACCGUAUGCAGACCGCACAGUACUUCAACUGCGGUACUGAGGACGAGCGUAGCGACUUUUUCGCCUUUAAUGAUUAUUCUUGGUGUGCUCCGUCCUCUUUCGAGCAAUCGGGUUGGGACCAGAAGGUUAAGAACUUUACUGGUUACGGCAUACCCAUCUUCUUGUCUGAGUGGGGCUGCAUAACAAACGGCCGUACCUUCGAGGAGUUGAGUGCGUUGAUGAGUGAUCAGAUGUCUGCCGUAUACUCGGGCGGCUUGAUGUACGAGUACAGCAGAGAAGGGAAUGGGUACGGUAUUGUCGAACUCUCCGGAAAUUCUGAUACAGUCAAGGAGGAGCCCGAGUUUUCGGCCUUCCAGUCAGCUUUGAGCAAGUACCCGGCACCUACUGGAGAUGGCGGAUUUACGUCAACCACUGCAUCGGUUGCUUGCCCGACUGUCGACGAUACUUGGGAUCUCGAGGAUUGGGGUGCCAGCGCACUUCCCGCCAUCCCUACGGGGGCUGUCAAGUACAUGACUCAGGGAGCCGGUACUGGUCCGGGCCUCAAAGGUGACGGUUCCCAAAACGCCGGAGGUACCUCGACGGGCACUGCUUCACCCGGCUCCGGCUCCGUUACGGCGACCGCAUCGGGCAAAAACGGCAGCGGCCGACCAGCUCCGCCGAUGGACAUGAGCAUGUUCGCUAUUGCUGGCGUUGUUGGUGCAUUCACCCUCGUCGGCACUCUACUUUUGUAGAGUAGUCCUAAAUCACUUUUUUCUCUUG